AUGCCGCAAUACGCACUCGUUUACAAAAUAUUUCUUACUGGCCUUGAGUCUGUCCCGCUGGUAAGGAAGACGCAGGCACAGUUUGAGAAGGAUGCUCAGUCCAUUAUCGAUUCACAAAAAUCUUUCAUCUUGUUUUCACAAGAGGCCCUUGUUAUGGAUGUCAAAAAGGGCGUAAGGUUCAGCCGCAAUCGUCAGCUAGUCUUUAAAGACUUGCCUGGCUCAUCUCAUCUUGAUUAA